AUGCGGAAAACGCUUCAUUUACCGUGUUUGCUUCUCGACAGACAUUCUUCGAAUGCAGAUUUCUGUGGCCGGGAAGAUAUUUUGGAACGUCUUGCGACCGAGCUGUUGCCUUCCAAUCACAUCGUGACGGAUUCGGAGACCUCUCUGCGACAAUUUGCGCUUUGCGGAUUUGGGGGGAUUGGGAAGACGGAACUAGCUCGCGAGUUCGCCUGGCGUUACAGGGAGUCUUUCGAUGCCGUAUUCUGGGUCGUUGCAGAUGAGAUUGCAAAGCUUGACAAUCAUUUCCAGCAAAUCUCGCUGGCUUUGGGGCUUGAAAACUCGUCUGAGUGCAAGAGCCAGGUGGUAAGCAGAGAAGUUGUGAAAGAAUGGCUCUCUAAUCCUCGAGAGGAUAUCUCAGCACCAGACGAGUUUGUGCAGCCUGGUCAAACUGGACCAGAGGCGACAUGGCUACUCAUAUUCGACAACGCAGAUGAUCCAAUGAUUCUGGCCGACUACUGGCCUCAAGGUAGCGGAUCCAUCCUGAUCACCAGCCGUGACCCAAUGGCGAAGAGCAUGUUUACGAGAAGACCUCUGGGUCUGAAUCUCGCUCCUCUGUCAAAACAAGACAGCAUAACCCUCUUCAACCACCUGACCAGCGUUUCCAAUGAGCCAGAAGGCGACGCCGCACGAAAAAUUACCGAUGUACUUGGUGGAGUUUCUUUGGCCAUCUCUCAGAUGGCCGGCAUCAUUCGUCGGCAGGAACUUACCCUAUCCGAAUUCUUAGAGCUGUAUGCAAACCAUGAAGAACAUACCAGCCUUUAUGAGACAAAAUUCGAUACCAAUUUGAUCACAUAUCGCCACUCUCUCUCCACUGUUUGGGCAUUUGAGAAACUGAAACCUCCAGCUAGACAAUUGUUGGAGUUGGUUUCAUUUCUCGAUCCAGACCUCAUUGGAGAAGACCUAUUGAUGGCGGCAUCCAUUGAGCUGUUUUCAGAUGGCAUGCAGUUCAAGAAGAGCAAUUACAUAGAGGCUCGAUCAGAACUCUUACAUUCAUCUCUACUCUACCGAGAUGAGCAGAUGCAGCAGAUAUCGGUCCAUCGCCUUGUCCAAGAUGCAAUUUUAACAACAAUGGACAAUGAAAAGAAAGAAUUAAUGUUCGGACAAGUCGCACAAAUUCUUUGGGGCGAUUGGCCAUCAGCCAUGCCCAAGCCAUCAAAGGACCCUGAGCUGCCCAAGCCCAAAUCAACUGGUGGUAGAUUGCAUGUUGCGAGAUGGCCUGUGUGUGCAUCGAUUUACCCUCACGUUCUAAGGAUGCAUCAACUUUGGUCAAGUAUUCCAGAUCUUGCUGAGGCCACCAAUCUACUUUUUGCGAAACUACUAAGUGAAGCUGCAUGGUAUCAAAAAGAGCGUGGACGGACGAAACAUUUCGACGGCUUCUUCGACACAGCGCUCAGUAUCUGCGAGUCAUCAACACACGCAGAUCAGCAAGCCCUACUUGCGGAUAUCCAUUUUUGCUUGGGGGCCAUUGCCAUGGAUGCGAGCGACUUCGACGCAAGUCGCGAUCAUAAGGAGCAUUCCCUUGAUCUAGUGUCCAAGAUUUGCAAAGAGCUAGGAACUGAAGAUGAGCGACUCUACCUCGCCUAUGCAGAGCUAGGCAUUUCACGUAUCCAGGAUAAACGGUAUGAAGAAGGCGAAGCUCAUCUCAAGGAGGCGCUACGCAUACGCAAAGCGCUCGGCAACUACAUUCCUCGAUCAGGCGAUGCUAAUCUCGGCUGGUCCCUCCUCGCGCAAGGCAAGCUUGAAGAGUGUAACACCCUUCUUCUAGAUAGCCUGGCGGGUAGAGAAAAGGCCUUGGGCAAAGAUGACAGGGAAUCUGUGCGAACUGGGCUGAUUCUUUACGCACUUGGUAACCUCCGUGCUGCGCAAUAUGAAUGGGACGAGAGCUUCCAAUACCACCAGAGAGCAAUGUGCCACAUGCUUGCUACAGUAGGAGAAAAAGACUUUUACACAGCAAAUAUCUCCCACAAGGUCGCCGAGCACUUCAUUCGCUUGCAUCGAAACGAAGAAGCCAUAGCAAUGAUCAACGGAGCGCUGGAUAUUUGGUCAGUUGAUCCUGCUGCUCAUAAGAACGAAAUUGCGCGCACGACCUUUCUCAAGGGCAAAUUGUUUGAAGCAACAAGCAAGGCGCAAAAGGCUUCCAUCGCUCUUCGGGUUGCAUGUCGCUUGAGGAAAGAGAUUACCAAGGAAGACCAAGAUUCGAAGAGCUUGACAAUGAAGGAUUUUGACGAGAUUGUUGCGUUUUGGGCUCGCUGA